AUGGCCGAAGAGUUCCCCGAUGUCCCAGAGUGGAUCUCUUUCACGAAGACCUGGCAUAACAAGCCGUACUCUUUCAUCUCACCAGAACGACCCGAACUCUCAGCUGCGGGCAAGAAUGUGGUGGUAGCUGGAGGUGGUACUGGCAUCGGUAAAGCGACGGCCAUUGCAUUCGCACAGGCUGGUGCUGCAUCUGUGGCGAUCCUAGGCCGCCGUGCCAAUCGUCUUGAAGAGGCUGCGCAAGAAAUCCGUGCCGCUGGUCCUAAAACCACUGUCCUCACUCAAGGCGCAGACAUGUCUCAGCUUACGGCAGCUGAGGCGGCAUUGAAGAGCAUCGCCAGCAAGGUUGGCAAGAUCCAUGUCUUCGUUUGGUGUGUUGGGAUCCUACCCAAAACCGCACCUGUCCUGGGAUACGAUGAGCAAGAGUUCCGCCGCGGCUUUGAGUUGAUGGUCAUGAGUGCCUUCAACGCCAUUCAAGCUGUUGUACCAGUGGCCGCAUCUGAUGCCAAGCUGAUCAAUGUCUCGUCGGGGAUCGCACAUAUCAAUCCCAUGCCGGGGCUGUUCAACUAUGCCAUGUACAAGCUCGCUGUGGUCAAGAUGUUCGACUACCUCGCCGCGGAGAACCCAGAGCUGCACGUCGUGAAUACCCAGCCGGGAGUCAUCAGGACUGAGAUCAAUUCAGAUACUGAUGUGGAGGGCCAGGAUGAGAUUGAGCUGCCGGCUAGCUUCCAUGUGUGGCUCGCUUCGCCUGAGGCUGCGUUCCUGAAGGGCAAGUACGUUUGGGUCAAUUGGGAUGCAGAGGAGCUGGUUUCUCGAAAAGAUGAGAUCAAGGACUCAAUGUUGUGCCGGGUUCUUCUGGCGGGCAUGCCGAUGUAG